GCCGCCCCGCAGCCCCCGCCCGAGGGGCCCCCGGCGGCCGCCAUGAACCACCACCACCACCCGCCGCCGCCCCCGCAGCAGCAGCCCCCGCCGCCGCCGCCGAAGCCGGGCGAGCAGCAGCUGAGCGAGCCGGAGGACAUGGAGAUGGAAGCUGGAGAUGCCGAUGAUCCACCAAGAAUUACCCCAAAUCCAGUCAUCAAUGGGAAUGUAGCCAUGGCUGAUGGUCACAAUAACACAGAAGAAGACAUGGAAGAUGACACAAGCUGGCGGUCAGAGGCGACGUUUCAGUUCACGGUUGAGCGUUUCAAUCGGCUGAGCGAGUCGGUCCUGAGCCCCCCCUGUUUUGUGCGGAACCUGCCCUGGAAGAUCAUGGUGAUGCCACGGCUUUACCCAGACCGGCCACACCAAAAGAGCGUAGGAUUCUUUCUUCAGUGCAACGCUGAGUCCGAUUCCACGUCAUGGUCUUGUCAUGCGCAGGCAGUCCUCAAGAUAAUAAAUUACAAGGACGAUGAGAAGUCUUUCAGUCGUCGCAUCAGCCACUUGUUCUUUCAUAAGGAAAACGAUUGGGGCUUUUCCAAUUUUAUGUCUUGGAGUGAAGUUACUGAUCCAGAUAAAGGCUAUAUAGAAGAUGACAAAGUAACUUUUGAAGUUUAUGUUCAAGCUGAUGCGCCUCAUGGUGUAGCAUGGGACUCCAAGAAGCACACCGGAUAUGUGGGGCUGAAGAACCAGGGUGCAACCUGCUACAUGAACAGUUUGUUACAGACAUUAUUUUUCACAAACCAAUUGCGAAAGGCUGUAUAUAUGAUGCCUACCGAAGGAGAUGACUCCUCGAAAAGUGUUCCUUUAGCCUUGCAGAGAGUGUUCUAUGAACUACAACAUAGCGACAAACCAGUAGGAACUAAGAAGCUAACAAAAUCUUUUGGAUGGGAGACUUUAGACAGCUUCAUGCAACAUGAUGUUCAGGAACUAUGUCGAGUGUUGCUUGAUAAUGUCGAAAACAAAAUGAAAGGCACCUGCGUAGAAGGCACGAUCCCUAAAUUAUUCAGAGGGAAAAUGGUGUCCUAUAUCCAGUGCAAACACGUAGACUAUCGAUCUGAACGAAUAGAGGAUUAUUAUGAUAUUCAACUUAGUAUAAAAGGAAAGAAAAACAUCUUUGAGUCUUUCAUCGAUUAUGUUGCAGUGGAACAGCUGGAUGGAGAUAACAAAUAUGAUGCGGGAGAACAUGGUUUGCAGGAGGCAGAAAAAGGGGUCAAGUUCCUAACGUUGCCCCCCGUACUACACCUACAACUCAUGCGCUUCAUGUACGAUCCCCAGACGGACCAGAACAUCAAGAUAAAUGAUAGGUUUGAAUUUCCAGAUCAGUUGCCUCUGGAUGAAUUCUUGCAAAAAACUGAUCCUAAAGAUGCUGCAAAUUAUAUUCUUCACGCGGUGCUCGUACACAGUGGUGAUAAUCAUGGGGGGCAUUAUGUUGUUUACUUGAACCCGAAAGGGGAUGGAAAAUGGUGUAAAUUUGAUGAUGAUGUUGUAUCUAGAUGUACAAAAGAAGAAGCAAUUGAACAUAACUAUGGAGGCCACGACGAUGACCUAUCUGUGCGACACUGUACCAACGCAUACAUGUUGGUUUAUAUCAGGGAGUCAAAACUGAGUGAGGUUUUGCAAGCAGUCACAGAUCAUGAUAUUCCUCAGCAGCUGGUGGAACGAUUGCAGGAAGAAAAAAGAAUAGAGGCCCAAAAGAGAAAGGAGAGACAAGAAGCUCAUCUCUAUAUGCAAGUACAGAUAGUAACAGAGGACCAGUUCUGUGGCCAUCAAGGCAAUGACAUGUAUGAUGAAGAGAAGGUGAAAUACACCGUGUUUAAAGUCUUGAAAAAUUCCACACUGACGGAAUUUGUUCAAAACCUUUCCCAAACAAUGGGCUUCCCGCAAGAUCAGAUACGGUUAUGGCCGAUGCAAGCUCGAAGCAAUGGGACAAAAAGACCAGCCAUGUUAGACAAUGAAGCUGAUGGCAAUAAAACUAUGAUUGAGCUCAGCGACAAUGAAAACCCAUGGACAAUAUUCCUUGAAACAGUAGAUCCAGAAAUGGCUGCUACGGGGGCAACGUUACCCAAGUUUGACAAAGACCAUGAUGUAAUGCUGUUCCUGAAAAUGUAUGACCCAAAGACACGAAGUUUGAAUUAUUGUGGACAUAUCUACACACCUAUAUCCUGCAAAAUACGUGACUUGCUGCCAGUUAUGUGUGAAAGAGCAGGAUUCCCCCAAGAAUCUAAUCUUAUCCUCUAUGAGGAAGUUAAACCGAAUUUAACAGAGAGAAUUCAAGACUAUGAUGUUUCCCUUGACAAAGCUCUUGACGAACUCAUGGACGGUGACAUCAUUGUAUUUCAAAAGGAUGACCCUGAAAACGACAACAGUGAAUUAGCGACAGCAAAAGAAUACUUCCGAGAUCUCUACCACCGAGUUGACGUCAUCUUUUGUGAUAAAACUAUCCCCAAUGAUCCUGGUUUCGUUGUCACAUUGUCCAACAGAAUGAAUUAUUUUCAGGUUGCAAAGACAGUGGCUCAGAGGCUUAAUACUGACCCUAUGCUGUUGCAGUUUUUCAAGUCCCAAGGUUACAGGGAUGGUCCAGGUAACCCUCUUAGGCAUAAUUAUGAUGGAACCUUAAGAGAUCUCCUGCAGUUUUUCAAACCCAGACAACCGAAAAAACUUUAUUAUCAGCAGCUUAAAAUGAAAAUCACAGACUUUGAAAACAGGAGAAGUUUUAAGUGCAUAUGGCUAAACAGCCAAUUUAGGGAAGAGGAAAUAACACUAUAUCCAGAUAAACAUGGAUGCGUGCGAGACUUACUAGAUGAAUGUAAAAAAGCUGUAGAACUUGCUGAAAGAGGUUCAGGGAAAUUAAGGCUGCUAGAAAUUGUAAGUUACAAAAUCAUUGGUGUCCAUCAGGAAGAUGAAUUGCUAGAGUGCUUAUCGCCAGCAACCAGUCGGACAUUUCGAAUAGAGGAAAUUCCUUUGGACCAGGUGGAACUUGAUAAGGAGAAUGAGAUGCUAAUCACAGUGGCUCAUUUCCAGAAAGAGGUUUUUGGGACAUUUGGCACCCCUUUCUUGCUAAGGAUACACCAGGGUGAACAUUUUCGAGAAGUGAUGAAGAGGAUUCAGACAGUCCUGGACAUCCAAGAGAAGGAAUUUGAAAAGUUUAAGUUUGCUAUUGUAAUGAUGGGCCGGCACCAGUAUCUUAAUGAAGACGAAUAUGAAGUGAACUUGAAAGAUUUUGAGCCCCAACCCGGCAACAUGUCCCAUCCCAGGCCAUGGCUCGGCCUCGAUCAUUUCAACAAAGCCCCAAAGAGAAGCCGCUACACGUACCUUGAAAAAGCUAUUAAAAUCCAUAACUGACUUACCCUCUCCAGUUUGUUCGAGGCAAAAGGGGCAACAAUAAGUGUGUGUGUGCGUGCGCGUGUGUGUGUGCGCGUGCGUGUGUGUGUGUGUGUGUGUAUGCGUGCGCGCACCUUUUUAACAACUGUAGGACUUUUGGUACACGUGCACUUGAGAUUGGGAGUCUCCAGCAAGACAAUUUGCUGCUGAUUUAUUAAUUUUAUUUUGAGGCUGUUCUGUUUGGCUUCUCUGUAUCUAUUAUUGACUGCCCUCUAUUUUUUUUUUCUUUUUUGAGCAAAAACAAAAAAAUGAAGGUGUUUUAUAUAUAAAAAAAAAGCUCGGGUGCCAAUGAGAGUUUUUAUGGGAAAUGUAAAGCAGGCAAGAUGGUCAGCAUAAAACAAGGGAAGGGUUGAAUAGGACCGUUGACAUUGGCAAACUCUUUGUCUGUAGUACCUUUAUGGGCACAGUCUGUGCGGGCUGCCUCCCCAUCCCUCCUUUCUCUCCCCCCCCCCAAAUCCUCUCCCCCCCCCCAAUGCGUGGUACCUGCCAUCACUGCAGCUAGCUGGCACUGUGGUUAGGCUCACGUUUGAUUUCUUUCCUUCAGUUAUAUACUUUAAAUGAAAUUUUUGUGCAUUUGUAAAUGCGAAGAGAAACUCACAUCAUCAAUAAAUAGCAAUCUCUACUUCAUUGUGUACACUGUUGGCACUUAUUCGGGGGAGAAACGUCUUUUCAAUCAGCCUAGGAGUUCUCUUUUUAUUCUUAGGAUAUUAUUCUUAUUAUUGUUGUUUUGAGUCAGAGUUUCCCCCUUCACUCCCCCACAUCACUUUUUGCCAAGGAAGACCUCAAAAUCCUCAAAAGAGCCACGGCGUCUUUAAUAUUCCUUUUGGAAACUACUCAGAAGAAGGAAACCUUUUGAUUAUGAAAUAAUCUCCAGGUAUAGCGGCCGGCAUCUCAGUGGGAUUGCAGAAGGGGGGGGGGGAAUCACCCGAUUUAUACUGAAUUUUAGCUAAUCCGUGAAGACAAGCAAACUCGCUUUUUCGCACUGAGGGCAUGUUCACUAGCAUUUAGUAAGCUGUUGACUUUGUAAAAAGGGGGCAGGGAGCUUGGGAGGGGGCAGAAAAUGGAAUUGUAUAUUUAACAAAGGAACAUGUACAAUUUAACACUUGGAGAUUUCGCUUUUUGGCGGGGGGGGGCAGGGGGCGUCUGCCAGUGAAUUCCUCAGAUGUCAAUAUUCAUUGUGUGUAGUUUUAUUUCGGUCCCAGCCUCCUCCCCUGUUUUAGUUUGGAGCUAAUGGCGACCUUUGUGGUCUAUCUACUUUUUUUUUUCUUCUUUUUGAGUGAGUAAAGCUAGAAUUUGCCAUUUACACUCCCUUCACUGUUUUCUCCUUUAUUUUCAUAUUCUUUUAUCUUCAUCCCUUCCUUCAUUCUUAUCUCCUCUCCUUUCUCUUUUCCUCUUUCCCCCGUUUUGUUUCAUUUUAUUUUGUUUCUGUAGCUACAGUGUGCAAUGAUUCUUCCUGUAUAUUGCCUUUUUUGGCUGGAAAAAAAAUGUUGUAUGUUGAAUAAAAAUUUUCUAUAAAAUUUUACUUCA